AACCCACAGCACAAACCCUAGACAGAAAGCAGAGAUGGCGGAACAGCAAGAAGGCUACCAAAUUGACCUAGGUAAUCUGACGGCAUUCGAUCCUCAACAUCAGUUCCAAUCUAUUCCCGAUAAAAGGGAGGAUCUUGUAAAGGAGUGCAUUACACAUGCUACCAAGUUAAUUCAGGCCGUUGCCGAUUCUCUUUUUAGCUUGCCUUCAACUGAAGAUGCAUCCGGGCCCAUUGUUCCUUUACCCCAACCAACUACAAAAUUACCUAGAGAAAAACCUCUUCCAAAGCCUGCACCUCCGACAAAGUGGGAAGUUUUUGCCAAAAAGAAAGGUAUCCAGAACCGCAAGAAAGACAAACUUGUCUUUGAUGAGCAAACUAGUUCUUGGAAGCGCCGCUAUGGUUAUGAUCGGGUAAACGAUGACAAUGACGUUCCAAUCAUUGAAGCAAAGAUGACAGAUGAGCCAGGUGUAGACCCUUUUGCCACGAGACGAUCAGAAAAGAAGCAGCGAGUUGAAAAGCAAGAGAAGAAUCGCCUGUAUAAUCUUAAAGAGGCAGCAAAAGUUGGUGCUCUGCCAAGUCAUGUUCAACUUGCAGCUACGGCAUUACCCAUAACAGGAACUCAAGCUGCACCAAGAAAAGUUAGCAAGGAUGAACUACAAAAUGUAGCAGGAAUGGCAGGAACUUCAACCGCUAGUGGUGGUAAAUUCGACAAAAAGUUGGCUGGUGAAAAGCCCCCUAAACAUGAUAAGAAAUACCGGAAGUUUUUACCCGUGGUUGAAGGAUCUGGAAUGGGUUCAUUAGAGAAGCAACAAACUGACAAAAUUCUAAACAAGUUAAUGGCCAAGAAUUCCCAUGAAAUCUUCAAUGUUUCCAAGGCCGUGGACAUGUACAAUGUGAAGAGCGACAAGAAACGACGAAACCAGCAAGGCAAGUCGUCAGCGAUGUCGAGCAAGUUAAAAGUGAAGAAAAGCCCUUACAAAAAUGCAUCGAAGGGAUCAUCGAAGAAAGGGGGUUCUUCAAGUAAAGGGAAAUCAGGAUCUUCAAGUAAAGGAAAAUCAAAGUGAAUGCAUUUUUGAGUGAGUUUGUGUUAGGAGGCACUGCCAAAUCAAUCAGGUAAUCUAAUCUGUUCUUGUAGGGAGAAAAUUGUGUUAUAAAUUUUGAGUGAUCAUCACUGUUUCAUUAUGCAUUUAUUCCUCUCAUCAAAGUUACCAUCCUCACCUCCUUAUUUAUAUCCUUUUUGAGUGCAACAGCAUGCCUUAACUCUAAUAUGGACACUGUUUUAUAGAUAUAUUUUAUUCAAUUGAAUGCUCUCUUUUUU